CAUAACUCAAAAGUUAUAAGUCGACGCUCGGGCUUGCUAAUGUAAAUACCCGCAGACAAGGGGGGUCAGCUUUGUACAGCUGGAAAAAGGGCUGAGCCCCCGCGGGAUGCUUGGGGCCGGCGACUCCAGCGAGCCGAUCAGCACAUAAUAGCCCCCUGUUAGCCUCCAAGCCACUGCACAAGGCACGGAACUGUGGUUAGGGACAUCCGUGACGGAGCCAGGGCGGGGAGCCAGCAUGCGCGUGGGGCCCAAGCGUGCCUUGCCAAUGCGCAAUGGGGUUUGCCGCGUUCAUCUUGUUCACUUUCUUCAACACUAGCUUAAUUUCACCAUAUAUACCUACAAUGCCAGGAUUGCUGGACCGCCGGCUCGCGGGGCUUGACCUCCGAGAGCUGUAUGCAGACCUGUACCAACCGGACAUUAUUCAUGAAGCGGCCUCAAGCCCUGACGUCAAGGGCAGGCGAGUGUUGGCCAUAUUAGUGGCAGCGAAGGCGCCGCCCGAGGAGCUGCUCGCGCCGCCUUUUCUGGCGGCCGUUGGCCUCCGCGGCUGCCACGCUAGUGCUUUUGCCGCGGCUGGAGCGGUUGCCGCACAGGCGCAGGAGUGGGCGGGCGCGGGCGCGGGCGCGGGCGCCGCGCUGUGCUGUGAGGCCAACAUAAAGGCGGCGGUGGUGGCCACCGCCGCGAUGGCCCGUAUGGACGCCAACCCGGACGAGGAGGUGCCUGUGAUGGAUCAGCUGGUGUCUGCAGAGCUGCUCACGGCGCUCUGCCACCUGGGCGGCGCUGAUCUCAGCACGCCGGUGGCAGUGCUGUGGGAGUGUGAGGACGCCUUCGACUUUGCCGGCCAUGAUGACUGCACAAGCAUGUUUGACUUCACCUUCGGCCCCCCGGCGCUGGCGCACCAGCUGCCGCUGGGGUCCUGGAUUGCCAUCGCGGCGGCCCGGAUGGGCCUGCCGCACCUGCUGUGGGCGGCACUGACAUGGGCGCACACGUGGGACGACAGCGUUGCGGGGGUGGACUGGGGGCCGGACCCAGGCAUCGGUGGGGACCUGGUCGGACAGCAGGCACAGGAUGAGUUUGAGGCCUACAUGCGCAAAGUCCACCGCAUCCGCCAGAACAGCGUCCUGGGCCUCGCUCUCUGGCGCCAGGCUGUCAUCGCCAGGCCCGCCAACACUGAGAGCGAAGUGUGGGCAGCUGGGCUGUGCGGCCGCAUGCUCAUGUACAUGCGGCCGCCGCUGGGCUGCGCCGCUGGCCGGGCGCUGGCCAUGACUGUAAUUCAUCAACCUCAGGCGCUGCAGCAAGAGCAGGAGUUCAUGUCCAGCCUAGCGCUCAGCCUGCGCUCUGGGGUGGCCCGCCUGCAGCAGCUGCGUGCGAACGGCGUGCAGGUGCAGCGGCAAACAUAUGCCGCAGCAUUCCAGCAGAAUGAGAUGUUUGCGCAGUCGGCCAUGGACUUCCAGCAGACGAUUGCGCUGCUUUAUGCAGACCCGGAGACUGUGGCGCAGGAGCAGCGCAGCUGGGGGGUCAUGCGCGGCUACUGCCAGGCCGCCCCUGGCACCAGCCUGUGUGCCUUCACGGAGCACGACGUCGCCGUGGCCGCUCAGUACAUCACACAGAACCUCACGCAGCAGCGCUGGGAGCCCAAGGCGCACGUGGUGAAUUCCACAGCGCUCCUGAUGCUGCGGUCUCUGCGCACCGGGCUGUGGCAGUUUCAUCAGCGACUGAACGAGCAGCAGGUGACGCGGCUGCUGGGUGUGGUCAGUGCCGGCGGAACCCCGGCGGUGCAGGAGGGCGCGCGCGCCGAUGCCCUGGCUGCGGCGCGGCAGGCUGCAGCAGCAGUGCCCGAGGGCCUGAUCGCCACUGCCGCCCGUGCUUGUGCAAGUGCCGCACUGGAGUAU